AUGGAGGGGGAAAGAAUUCUUAAGGCGCUUCUGAAUGGUGAAACAGACGAUCUCUUUGAAGAUACCAAGGUUGGUCUUCGCCAGUUUCACAACGAGUUUUCUUUAAAAGCAAACUUUUGAUAGUUUUAAAGUUUUAUGCAGUUUAAUCUAUUUUGUGGAUAAUAACAACAUUUUGACUGCAUGGAAUAAUUAUGUUUAUGUUGUAUGUUUUAAGAACUACCUCUCUCCAUUACGAUCACCCCGGAAUGCCAAAAAUGGCUGCAAGUUGGGCUGCAAAGUUGCAGAAGAAUCUGUGUCAAAAUACACAUUGUUUUCAACCAAGUUUCUGAGAUGUGCUAUUGAGACCUUGAAAAAGGUCAAAACAAAAGGGAAACACCUUGAUGAAAUCACAAACUCCUUAAAUUUAGGUAAGUGAUGACUUCAUAGUUAGUGUGCGGAGUUCUCAGUAAGUCUGUCUGUCAACAAGUUGGUAGCUAGCUUUGUGGAGUAGACGGCUGGCUGAAAAUUUGAGAGCUCCUUCCUGGGGUCGCAAGGGGGUUGGGUGGGUGCUUCCCCACAAAAUAUCAUUUUUGAAAUAUUAUUUCUGAAAUCUAUUUUAUGCAUUCAGUUGAAGUUAUAUGCAAAGCAAUAUGGCUGUUAGCUGGCUAGCUGAGUAAACGUGUGCCAUUAACAUGUAGAUAUUGGAAGAGUGCUCAACAAGCAAAAUAAUGCAAAGGCAAUAACUUUCUUGUAGAAUGUAGAAAUGGCUUUUCAGAACAUUGUCUGUUCAUGAAACUUUCUGUUACAGUGACUUGUUUUAAUUUUUAUUUCAGUUUUUUGUUCACCAUUGACAAAUAUUAUUUUAUUAAAAGUGGGCAACUCAGAAAUAUAGUUAGCUGGCUUUUUAGUUGGCGGGUGGCACUUAAUGAGAACCCUGAUUGUAUAUGACCUUUUUUCCCUCCAAGCAUCUGAAUAUAAAAAAAAUAAAUGGCCUGAUAUCAACUUUGCUAGGAAGACUCAAAAUUUUGUUGUUUUCCUUUCCUCUAAUAAUCAAGCUCACAAUUGAUUGAAUCUCUUACUCUAGUUCCAAGUUGUUUUAAAAUGGGGGGGGAGAUAACACCCCUGUAAAACCUCUAAAACACCUUACAUCACUUUGGUGAAACCGCUGUUUUAACCUUAACUCUUUAACUCCCAAGAUCUGCUUAUUAAAUUCUCCCCACCAGCUGGUAUGCAUUUCCUUCUUAGUUGGUUAGUGUUGAGUCAAGGUACAUGUAACAACUUCUACAUGUUAAUUUGGAGUAUUCUCAUUACCUGCUUUCUGGAUAAUGUAUGGAUAUUCUAGGGAGAAGUUACUUAACUUGUAAAUCAUUUCUGGGAGUUUAAGGGUUAAUAUGUACUAAUGAACAACUUCCAACAACUUUUGAAAAAAUAAUAACUUUGUUUAUGAAAGUUCAUACAUGUUGCUUAUGAGAAGUAAAGUGACAAGCAAAUUGAUGACUGACUAACUCACAAUUCUCUGCAUUUUUGGUUUAGUGAGUACAUUGCUCAGCGACACAUUAGCUACUGAGAAUGGUAAAUACCUCAAGUUUAUUCCUUCACUGGACCAACUUGGCAAGACGAUAUAUUUGAUUAUUGUUCAACUUAUAUCUAAGUCACAGUUUGACAAGGCUUUUUGUCAUGCUAGUGACUUGCUCAAGUUCAUUCAAGUUGUUAAAUUAUGGAAAAACUAUGACGGUGGAAAAAUGGAGAAGGAGCUCUCUUCACUUGCUACUCGAACAUCUGAUGCUUUGCUUCAAGGAGCAGGAAAGUUAGAGGAAGUGAAGGUAACUGCAACAGAAAGAGCAUCUCAUUUGUGUGUUGUUUUGGACUGGAGAAGGUUGUCAUUACUUUUCCAAGUAGAAGAGGUCACACAUUCUUCAUUGAAAUCACUUGUGGAUAAAACUUUGAAAUGUGGAACAAAAUAUCAGCUUGACUGUGGGCAGAAGAAUGUUGAUUUUAAGUAUCUGACAAAUUUCUUCGAAUCUGUUUUUAACAAGCUCAUGGUGAAGUUUGGACAACUGAUCAUUGGUUGUUUAGACUCAAUCUUGUUUGUAGCUGAACUAGGAUUUCACUAUGGCAGGAGUUGCAGCAAAGCUGGAAUGUCAAUGCAAGCCUUAGAUGUUUUUGACAAACUCUUGGAAAUUUCAAGAAAUGUCAUCCAUACCAAGAAUGGACACUCAAAGCUUCAUACACCACAUCAAAUUUGUUGUUGCAUUUGUUUCAUUGGCAAGGCUACAAUUUUGUUAAACUGCUCCUCAAAUCCAACAUCAGAAACUCUUGAUUCUCUUGAAACAGUACUGUCAGAGGGAAGCAGACUACUUUCACAACUAUUAAAAUGCAAGGGUUUGUCAUCAUCAAUGUUGAAAGUUGUUUCAGAUUCCUUAGAGUAUUUCAGAGUUACUUUACAAAAUUAUUCCACCAAAGAAACAAAAAAAGCAACACCCCUCUCAUGGAGAAUUUGUCAAGAGGCAAUGCAGCUACUCAAGUUAUAUGGGACAAUUCUUUCGCGUCAUUGUGAACUCAUCAAGAAUGCUCUGCACAAAGCCAGUGGUGACAACUUGAUUUUACAGUAUACCCAACAGUUACAAAAGACCACAGCAAGACAACUGACCCUCUUGAACUUUGUAAUUUCUUCUUAUCAAGAUCAGCUGAAAAGUGAAGAGAAGGCAAAAGUUUGUGACAGGAGUUCAAGGUUAGGAAAUCCAAAUAUGUAUCUAUUAAUUCAUAUAAAAACACCAGUGAUGAUGUAUGUUUUGGUUCAGUUUUAUCCUAGGUUCAAACUUUACUUUGUCUUAAGUGUAUUAGCAUACAUUGUCAUAUCCAAAACAAAAGAAAAUUAAGUUUGAACCAAUGUUAAGAUUGAAUUGCAACAAAUGUAUUAUCAUUUUGAUAAUAAAUUUGAGUGUAGUGAAGUGGAUGAUCUCCAUUAUCAGGUAGAACUCCUUAGCCUGUGAAAGAAAAGUAUUCUACUGUACAGUUCGUUACCACAGUAUGCAAGAGGUUAAGGGCAAAAUACAUGUUCAGUGCAUGUUAAUUGUUGCACAAAGUGCGGUUUUUGAUACACAGUUUUCUUUUAUUCACAGAAUUUAUAUCCUAAGAGAAUGUUUUACAGUUGCACAACAGGCAAACAAGGUUAUUCAAAAUGCUCUUGAAGAUCCUGACAUUCCUAUGUCUCCAAAUGAGCUGCGAUGGCUAGGUAGCAGUGUCUACAAUGUAGGCUGUGUGUCCUAUAAAAGUGACUGUUUUGCUGAGGGAGUGCCAUUGCUGGCUCUUGCUUGUGAUGAGUUAAAAAUCUGGAGCUUUGGGGCUGAAACAGAGGAGAAAAUCGUUCUCCAAGCUGAAGAGGUACAGUCUGUUAAAUUUGUUAAGUGUCAUAUUUGAAGUUUAAUGAAAUAAUAUUUCUGUUGAACUAUAGUUUUAUCCUCUGGAUGAGGGUUUUCCUUGCAUAAAAUGUUACAUUCAAGUACUGUUUCAACAACUGACUUUUGAGAGGCUGGUAUUCUAAGCUAGAACAGGAUCAUUUAAUACAAUCAACAACUACCAGCACCUUACAAAUGUUUUAAUUACCAUUAGAUAAAUACAUGUAGAAGCAGUGAACAACAUUGUUGGACCUACAAAACUGACCAAUCAGAAUUUUUUUGACACUGCAUUGCACUUACAGGAAGAAAUAUGGUGUCACAAGGAAGUUAUUAUUUAUUUGGAUUGACAAGGGUCCUUUUUGUGACCAUCCCUAACUAUCCAAUGAAAUGAUAUGGUCAUUUGUUACUCUCCUGUUCGAACUUGAAGGUGAACAUUUAAGAGUUGUUGGUUCAGUGGACUCUGGAGUGAAAGUUCACUGGCAGGGUCAUUGUGGCAUGUUUGUGGUCAAGACACUUGACCCACUUUAACCAGUGCCUAGUUGUUCAAAAGGCAGAAAGAGAUAAGCUAGGAUUAAAAGUUUAACUUGUCCUUGAUUUCCCUUGCUAGCUAAAUCAUACUUUGAACAACUCAGUUUUUAGUUAAACUGCUUUGUGGUGGAGGGUGGGGUAACCUUUUCAUGAAACUGGUAUUACUUCCAGAGGAAUCACUAAUAUUACAUAGUAAUCAAUUCAUCGAAUUACGGUCAAGUGGCCAACGGUUCAUCUCGCCAACGCCAACUCGCCUACUUGUAAAAUUGAGUAGAAACAUUGGCAAGUUGGUCUUCGAUCCUGCAGAACUUAUUAGAAGUUAAACAUAUAGAAAAGCAAAAGAUCUAUAGUAAGCUGUACAAAAACAAGUUUUUUUUUCUUCCAACAAAGUUUAUAAGGAUCUCAUUGCGAAUAAAGCAAGAUAAACAUUGCCAAUGACUAUCAAAGCUUCAGACACAAACGAGUUAUUGUGUGACAACAAUACUUUAAGUCUCAUCACAUCAAUCGGUCAGAUUUUUUUUAGAUUUUAGAAAACUUGGCUUUCUAGACAAGAUCUUUAGUAAAAAACAAGUCUUUUUAUUUCCAACAAAGUUUAUAAGGAUGGCAAGGCAAAUAAAGCAAGGUGAACAUUGUCAACGAACAAAAAAGAUGCAAACGAGUUCUUGUGACCUCCCUAUAAACUUUGUUGGAAAUAAAAAGAAGUUUUUUUUACUUUUAAGAUCUUAAAAGAUCUUGUCUAGAAAGCCAAUUUUUCUGAAAAAAAAUCUGAGCAAUUGACAUGAUGAGUCUUUACAAUGUUGUUGUCACGCGAUAACUCAUUUGCAUCUGAAGCUUUUAUAGUCAUUGGCAAUGUUUACCUUGCUUUAUUCACAAUGGGAUCCUUAUAAACUUUGUUGGAAGAAAAAAAUAGUUUUUUACUAAAGAUCUUUUACUUUUCUAUAUGUUUAACUUCUAAUAAGUUGUACUGGAUUGAAGACCAACUUGUCCACGUUUCUACUCAAUUUUACACAUCGGCGAGUUGGCAUUGGCAAGUUGAUCCAUCAGCGACUUGACUGGAUACCAAUUCAUGAUUCUGAAACUGGAAUAAGCUGUGACAAAAUUGGCCAAGUUGGAAGUGUUUGAAAGGCAAUGUUUGAAAAUGAUCUUCAGGUGAAGCUGCUCACAAAGUAUGCCUUACUGGUUGACUGUCAAAGAAGAGCUGGAGGAAUCAGGGAUGCACUAAAGACUGCUACAACUCUGGUCCUGAUAGCACUGAAAACAACCCCUGAUGCCCACAUCAUAAAACAGCAAGUCAAACUGUGGGCCUCAGUGAAACAUGAGCUGACAAAGAAUCUUCAGAAUGGAGAAAAACUGUUUGAAAGAUCCAGGUUUGUAAAACAGUUCAAAAGAAAUAUCACAUAAAUUUUUAUUUUUUUAUGUGGAUUAAUUUGAAAGCUUGUUUGUUAUAAGCUGAUCUCAUAUCAUACUGUGUAAACAAAGUUAAGAUAGUGCAAAAAGGAUCACAUGCAUGCAUGUUGAUUUCAUAAUCACUCAGAAUGCACUUCCUGAAAUUAUUAUGACAUAACCAUGGAAAUGUAAGAGAUUUUUCUUCUCAUUUCUCAAAAAUCCCAGUUUAUUGCAGGGUCAAGGCUUCCCAGGGAUUGGACAAAUUAUAAGAUGGAAGAAAAAUGGGGGCCUUCUCCUUAUAGUUUUUAUUGUUGACUCUGGAGAUAAAAGUUGUAGUGAUCGUUUAAGUUUAAAUGAUAUUAUAACAGCAUAGAACAAUGGUAAGAAUCAAUAAAAGAGGAGACAGUCUAAAGAAAUUUGUUGGUUCCUCUUUUCUUCCCAGAACCCUGUGCAGUGCAUUUGCAGAGCAAGAAGAUGCAGAAGAUGUUGAAGGAAGCCAGCUUUGUUUUGUUUUACAGGAAGAGCUUGCUUGUUACAAGACAAAAAGGUAACAACAGGAGCUUCUAACAAGAUUUUCAUUUGAAUCCUGACAUUUCACCUAAUGCUUUCUUUUAUAAGUGAAGUACCUGCCCAAAGGUUUAAUUUGCCCUUAACUUUUUUCAGCUAUGACACAGCAGUAGAGCAAAUUGCAGUCAUCAAACAGAUAAUGGAGCUGUACCUUGUUCAAGAAGAUGAAUUCCACCAUGCGUCAACUAUGUUAGAACUUGCUAUAGCUUUGCAUAGCCUAGUAGAUGUAGAGCUUGAAGAAGAGAAGUAAGUGUUUUAUCCUGGAAGAUUAAUAGUUUCAUGCAUUAAAGGCCUAUAGUGCUGUUGGACAGGAUGGCAAAAUUAUUGAUUGCAUGUAAAACAUGAUUGCAUGUAAAAAAAAAAUUGCAAAAGGAAGGAAGAUUUGGUUACAGUUAAACCUGUGUCAGGCAGGUACCUUGUAUUAAGUGGACUCUACUGACCCAUGCCUGAAUUUUUUUCUCCCAUAUACAUGUUGUGGUUCAAUUUUAUCCUUGGUUCAAAUUUUCUUUUCCUUUGUUUUUGGGUAUUGUAUUGUAUGAUAAUGAGUUUGAAACAAAGGAAAAUAAAUUUUGAACUAAGGAUAGAAUUGAACCACAACAUACACACAUAUAUUUUGAAACAAUCAUUUACUCAGCUGAUACCUCUUCAAGUGGACAUGAACAUCAAAUUUAAACCCUUUUCAGUUUAAUCCUUUCUCAGUACAUAAAACCUGCUUCAAUUGGGAACCACUUUUAGAAAUUUGAGUCACAUUUUCUUAAAGUUUUACUUUUAAUGGUUUCUACUAGUAAUUGAGUGUUAUUCCUACCCAAAAUGGUCAGAUUCUAAAGGUUGGGGUGUAACCCUUUACCUCUUAAGAAUGACUGGGAUCUACAUGUCAUUUCUCUUUAUAGCAUCAUGCACUGCUCAAUCAAACAUUAAGGUCAUGAGAAUAAAGAAAAUAAUUCAGCAAACUAAAGAAGCUCAUGAUUUACAAGCAAACUUCUCUUGUCAGUAUACUAUAGGAAAUGUAUAAGGAGCAGUUUGGAAACAUAGAUGAUGUAUACUAGUAAUUUGUACCCACAGUCAUUUCAUACCCAUAGUCAUUUUGUACCUAUGGUUGUUUCAUAACCACAGUCGUUUCAUAUUCAUGGUUGUUUUGUACCCACAGUCAUUUUGUACCCAUAUUAGUUGUUUUGUACCCAGUUUGAGCCAGUUUGUACCCAAAUGGCUGGUUCUGGUUGGCAAACUUCUCUUGUCAGUAUACUAUAGGAAAUGUAUAAGGAGCAGUUUGGAAACAUAGAUGAUGUAUACUAGUAAUUUGUACCCACGGUCAUUUCAUACUCAUGGUCAUUUUGUACCUAUGGUUGUUUCAUAUCCACGGUUGUUUUGUUCUCAUGGUUGUUUUGUAUCCAGUCAUUUCAUACCCAAAUUCAGUCAAUUUGUACCCAGUUUAAGCCAGUUUGUACCCAAAUGGCUGGUUCAUUCCUACCUGUCUCAAUAUACAUUCCUUCAAAAUACCUCACACGCAAGCACAUGAACAGAUGUUGAUUAUGUGUAUGACAAAUUAGUAGAGCCAAGCAAUCAAGAUCUGAGCAAAGUUCUUUUGCGUAUACUUGCAACCUUGUUAGCACAAGAUAAGUGUGAUAUUUUUAAUGAACCAGUCUAUUGUUUACACUUUUGACUUUCUUGACAAUAAAAGUUAGUGGAAGGGCGAUAUUUUGUCCCCUUAGUUAUUAGCAGUUAUAGAUUUGUUUAUUUGUUUAUUCUAUUCUUUCUAUAAAUGCUUAACAUGGAAAAGAUACUAUUUUUGUAUGGGUACAAAAGGACUCAACUGACUGGGUACAAAUCAACAGAACUGGGUACAAAACAACUGUGAGUACAAACUGACUGGUAUCAAUUAACACUGUAGGUUGAUGUUUUAACUAUUGUUGCACAACUUACUGAACCCUUAUUAAGCAGACACUAACAAGAGUUCUGCCAGAGCCUGCCUAAUACAUAACUCACUGCAUCUUUCUUUCUUCAGAUCUGCACUUGAGUACUGUCAAGAGGCUGGGGAGAUUCUAGAGCAGUUAUUGGACUCAGAAGGCUGCAAAGAUGAGGAGAGAAACUUGCAGUCAUGUCUGCUGGAUAGACUUGGUGCUGUCUAUUUAUGGCAGGCUUUGUUUGAGCACAAAGAUGCCAUGAAUGACAGAGCAACUUCAGCAAUGCAAGAGCUCAGCGACAGUUAUGAAGCCGAAGAGGUACACCAGUCUUGAUAAGAUCUGAAAGAUUAAUUUCUCAGAACCAAUGACAAUGUGUUUCUCUGUUAGCUAGUACUGAGAAUUUACAGUUACCUCCCAAAGCCUUAUUAAGUAACCCUUUUGAUAGUUUUUUUUGGCCCCACAGCUCAACAGGCUUAGAGUGUAAAAAUACAGAGUUAAUAUGAAACUAACUUAAGCAUACAAAUCUAUUUUUUCUUUCUUCUCUUUUUGCAGUACCUCUCUGGAAACAAUUAGUUAUAAAUAAAAAUAAAAAUAAAACGAUAUUGUUAGCUUACAUCCUUACUAAGUGUGACUUAUAUUAGAGAGGCACUGGUGAAAGUUAAAGGUUAAGUCCAUACCUGUGUGAAUUGAUCCAGCCAGGAGUGUUGCCACUAACCCUGGCUGGGGUACUUUUCCAUCAUGGGUUACCCCUCUGUCCCGAGCAUUUAGUGAGGCUCCCCUGACAGUUUGCCAGUACCCAUCUUUACUUCUGGCUGGGGAGAGUCAUUGUUAGAAUAAAGCAUCUUACCCAAGAACACAUUUUGAUGACCUACCCAGGUCUUGAAACUUGACAUCUUGAGGUCAUAUUAGCUGUUAGUCCACUGUGCCUUCAACUAAGGGAGGCACUGGGGCAAGAUUUUGAUUUCAGUUAUCUUGAAGUUGAGAGUGUUACUUCAAUGUGUAAACCAGAAUUGGACUGAUUUUACAUUGUUCCUUUUUAUUAACAAAUUUGCAGGAACAAAUUGUUUUCUUUGAUAAAAUGUCAUGUGCCUGUCCUAAUAUGAACAUGAAUUUUGUUAUCAGUUUUUUUUUUCUAACCACAGUAUACAUGUACAUGACUUGUGUGAACCAUGCCGAAGGGAAGGGGGUUGUGACAUUGGACCUCAGGUGCAUCCCUAAAAGUAUCUCAUUCCCUGAAAGUAUCAGACUGUUAAAUAAAACUUUGGUGCUACAUUUCAGAUAGAAGAUAUUUGCCUGGAGCAACCAUUUAUGGCAUCACUUCAUGCAGCUUUGGAAACAUGGACAGCACUAAGAACCAAAUCACUGCAACAAGACCCUAGUGGAAAGGUAAAUGUUUCCUGGUGAAAGCAUUUUGGGACAAUGUAUACUUUUUGAUUUUUGACUUUUUAUGAUGUGAGAUUUCUUUCUUUGAAACUGAGUGAACUUAUAAUAUUCCAAGAACAGUUUUCUUUUGUGAGAAAUUUGUCAUGAGAACUAAAUACACAACUGAUCAGCUUUUAAUACUUUUAGAGGUUUCACCAUUGGUACUUAAACACUGUGAAAGAUGUGUCAUUAAAGAUUUAUAGGAUUGAAAAUUUUAACACUGUAUUAGCAGUAAGUCUGUACCCUGUACCCCAAGCCAAGUGGCCCAUCUUGUCAGAGUUUAUCUGGGUAUCCAUAGCACGAUGCAAGUAGGAAUAUUACUAUCCCUCUCCCCCAGGUGGGAUGCCAGUCCAAUCACAAGGUCACAACCCCCACCCCCCCAGUAUUUCAUCAGGCUUCCCUUGACAGUUUGCCACCACCCAUCAAUACUCCUGAGUCAAAAGAGGUGUUGUGAAAGUGCAGUGUUUUGCCCAUGAACACAACACAAAGACACAACCAGGUCUCAAACCCAGACCUCGUGACUGUAACUCCAGAGCACUAAUCAUUGGGGCAUUGCAUCCCCCACUGUAGAUCAUACAUUUAUUCUUGGAUUAAUGUUAGCCUCGUUGAUUUUUUAUGUUUCAGGUUAACCUGGACCAUUUUAUUAAUCCUGAGGAGACGUAUCAUUACUUGCUUAUCACAGCAGAAAUGUUUGGGCUUUUAAAACAGGUGAAACUUGCUACAUACUUUCAUAGGUGACAAUUUGGAUUUCUCACAGGCAAUGACUGUUCAUGCAGUGCUGUCAUAACAUUAUGACCAUGGCAAUAGGAAUGUUUAAAAAAAAUUUCAGUGCAAGGAAUGACAACAGUGUGAAGAGAUUUUUAUAUAUGAUGGAAAAGUCUAUCAUUCAAAGGAUUUUCUCCAUUCAGGUCUUUUUUAUUUUGUAAAAUUAAAAUGUUUUUUCAAGUCCUUCACUUUGUUAUCAGUGGUGUAAUGAAUGAUUCAGCUCCUGUGUCGGUAGGGGUUAUAACAAGAUAGUGUGGUUUUAUCAGCUGGGUUGAUAAUAUACACUCAGUGUAUGUUCCUGAGGGAAACAGUUAGUUUUGUUUUCCCAAGAGUCCUGAUGUUCCGCAAGACAAAGCUGAGGGAAAACAAAACUAGCUAGGGUUAACUUUCCUAAGGGACCAUUAAUUAAGUGCUUUGUCAUAUAUUUAGACUUUCCCUUAAACAAUCAUAUGGCAAAAACAAACAAACAAAGACACUGAUCACGUGCUGUUGUAUUUGGCAUGCGGGCAACAACUGCACAAUUGUAUCCUGUUCAGGAUACAUUUGAAUUCGAUCAGGGGCAUGUGACCAAGAAUCAACCAAUCACAGUGUUCAUUUUGUUGAGUGAAAGUUGAGGUAUAUAACAAUAUUAACUGGCCACUGAAAAGAGUUUUUAAAGCUGAUGUUAGGUUAGCUCUUCAUCAGAGCUAAUAAUGAAGGGCUAAUACUUGAAACAUCAGCUUUAGAAACUCUUUUUGGUGGCAAAUUUACAUGAACAUAAUCAACUCAGCUGAUGAAACCAAUUUAUGUAAAGUAACCCCCACAGUUACUCAUUAGAAACUUUCCCCUUUUAUUCUUUUAACGAAUGAAUUGUUUCCUCGCAGCCCCUCAAAAAGGUUGGUGCUCUGUACAUGGCUGCCAGUAUAGCCCAAUCAUUUGGUACCAAAGAUAUGCUGGAUAAUGGAUUGUGUGCCCUAAGUGAUGCUGUUCACUUGUUGUGUGACAUGCUGGACGUGUCACAUGCUUCACUUAUUCUGUCUCAUGCCACCAACCUGGUGAAUAGAUUUGAGCCAUGCAGUACAUCAUGGGUUCAGUUCUUGUUGGCCAAGAGUCACUAUUUGCUGGUCACAGGAAAGGUAUGAAUAAUCAAAAUCAUUAAUAUAUAGAUUUAGGCAAGCCUAAAAGCAGAACUUGCAUUUUUUUUCCUGCACGUCUCUUCAACAAAACUAAAGCCCCUACUAUAGAUAAAAUGCAUGGUAAUAUUAAUGGAUUUUCAUUCACAACCUCUCCAUGUCCGUGUAAAGGAAUGAUUAUAAGAUAGUGCCCAUGAUGUUAGUUUGGAGGUCGGUCGUACAGUCCAAUUUUUUCAGCUUGUGGUUCCUUUUUUUAUAAUUAUGGGGCUUCCUAAUGAAUAUUUUUCUCUAUUCUUUUUAUGAUGUCAGUUUGUUGGUGUUCAUAUAAUAUUCCCUAAUUAUUUUUUGUUAUUAUCAGUCUGAUAAUUUUCAUUGUGUUGUAAGGACAAUCCUGUCUUGGUCACACUCAAUCAUGCAGACAUAUGGUACACUUGCUAUUGCUAGGUGCCAAAUAACUUGGAAUUACUUUAAGCAGGGAGACUAUGAACCAGCUAGUCUCCGAGAUCAAAUUGUAGUAUAUAGUGUAAGUGGGCCCCUUUAGAUUCUCCCAUCUCACUCGGAAAAAAUAAAUAGCUAUUUUCAGACAGGUGAUUGCUUAGCUUGCUACAUGUGUGUUGCUCAUGAUUUUAACAGAUUAAUGUUUAGUUUUCAGAAGGAGAGGACUCUCUAAAAGAAGCAUCAGAGAGUGAAGUCUUUACACACAAGAGCUACAAGUCACACCUGUUGAAAGCUAGAUGGCAAUCAAUUUGCUGUAAAUAUGCAAUGUUCCCACCUACAGUCCAUGAAUUUAAGAUAGUUGUUGGUACGUUCACUUUUUGUCUUUGGAAAUACAUCUUUCCAACAGCUAGGUCUGCUUUCUCUACAAUUAUUUAGUAACUUUUCAUAAUGGGAAUGGGUGAACAUUCCAUCAGGUGGCUCUUCUUGUCCACUGAUUCCAGGUCAAAUUGGAUUUCAAUGUUGGUUUUUGGAGGACCCUGUAGAAAGACCUGUAGAGUGAGGACAAGAACCGAUAACAAACUCAACCCACAUGCGACACAAGGUCCCGGAAUUGAACCUAUGGGAGGAAAGGGCUCUUACCACUGCCAACCCCACCUUCCCAAUUGAUAUUUAUUUUUCAUGCUGGAACUGUUACCUAGUGACCUGCUUUAAACAUUUAGGCAGACUUAAUACCAACAAAACAGUCUGUUCAACCAGCUAAUGUUUUGGUACUAAUUAACCACUCAAUCAAUUGAUCAGUUUAUCAGUCAUUACCAACAGUUAAUUUGUUCUUAAUUAUUAUCAUUUUUAGAUCCUCUGCUUGGUUCACUGACUCCUCUGGAAUGGGCCAUAGAUGAGCUUCAUAAGCUAACACAAAUGGCUGAAGAGAUCUUUGGUUUGGAUGUGUUUUGUACUGGCAAACAGAUGCAAAAACAAGAGGAAAAUUUGUCAGGUAAGGAAAUUGGAAAAUUUUUGUUUCCGUUCUUGACACAACUCUGGAGAGCAAUGUUUUGCAAGGUAGUACCCCUGAUUUCUAAGAGCUUCCACUAAGGACAAUGUGUCCUGACAAUCAGCAUGAUAUGCUUAAGUCAUGUGGUGAGCAAUACCAUAGUACCCCUGCAAGCAAUACUGUAGUACCCCUGAUUUCUAAGAGCUUCCACUAGGGACAAUGUGUCCUGACAAUCAGGAUGAUAUGCUUAAAUCAUGUGAUAAGCAAUACCGUGCAGUCCUACUUUAGGCUUUGGGAUAGAGUCAUGGUUGUAAUUGGAUUAGUUAAAAUCCUACUUUAAAUAAUGGGGAGAGUGCAAUCAAACUGGCCCUGAAACAUAAGAAGUUUUCAUCUUUUUUAUCAUUGAACUUUUUAAUGCAUAUUUUGGCAUCUAUUCUUUUUUGUCUGUGAAGAUUUGCUAGCCAAGUCAGAGGGUUCUGGCCAAACCCUUUUUAGAUUGUCUAUCCUAAAUGACUUGCUGUCAGCCCUAUUACAAGUUGGUCAGCUGUAUGCUCAUCAGGGAGCUGUGAGGGAAGCAUUGAGGCAAUUUGUGGAUGGAAUUACACUGGCAAGGCAAUUUUGCCUGCCAUACAGGUAAACUAUUCGUGUUUAGUAAAAGUUCUGUUUAACUUUUGGACCCUCACCAAAACAAAAUGUCAGUGAGCUUUAAAAAAAUAAUAAUAAAGUUAGAUAUUAGGCCAAUCAUAAAAUUUAGAUUGAAGAAUGUUGUAAGAGCUCUAAAUUUCAAAACUUUUUGGAACAGAGGGGCAUUAGUAUGAAAACUACUACAGUAAAAAGUGUGUUUUGUUUAUAUUGUAACUUACAUAUUUCACAUAUAUUUUGAUUGGUUCUUACCUGUGAUCUGUUGAAGGAUAGACACAUAGAUGAUGUCACCUUAACAAUAUUUUUCUUUUUUUAUCAUACAAACAACUAGAUACUAUGUUACCUUAGGUCUGUUCAGUAAUAGAUCACACAAUGUCUAAAUGUGUUAAACAUCAGUGACACACUCAGCUGCACCUCAUGAGCCACUUCUGUGAUCUUGCCAUAUAUUGAUGUAAUGUGUGAUCUACACUUAUAACUGAACAGAAGCACAGCAACGCACCAACUGUAGAAUUUAUUUGUGAACCAGAUUGAAACUUGAUUGUAACCUUGAGAAUUUGUUCUUAUUGUCCAUAAUUUCUUGUUUGUUUGAGUGCAUUAUUACUUUGAGACUAGAAAAAAGGUGAAGGAGUUCAGUUUGAGAUUUGAAUGUUCUAAAAUCAGAUCUUUGCAAUUUUUAGGACUAUGGAAUUCCUUAUCAAUGUUGCACAGCUUGAAGUGAUGCAAGGCAAGACAGAAAAGAGCCAAUAUAGGGUUGAUCAGGUGCAGAGAAUCCUUCAACCAACUAUGAAAUCUGAAAGCAAGUCUAACCUCUCUGAAUGUUGUGUUCAAGAACCACUGUUCACAGAACAUCCACAAACAUGUGAAUGUGUUGGUUGCCUUGAUCCUGUACUGCAUGUUAUCUUUGUGGAGUACUUGAUGAGUCUUUCCAACCACCUUGCACUUACCUCAAGACCUGAACAAUCAUUGCUAGCCUUGGAUGUGGCCAACUUAGUUUGUGAAACUGCUAUGUAUAAAAUAAAACAUGCUUUAAAAAGACUUGAUACUGUUGUGUAUCCUUUGGAAACCAAUGAUGAAAGUUCAAAGGGAACAAAGAAAAGAAAAGGAGCCAAUUCUGGAAGAAGGAGAAAACAGAAGAAGGAUGCAGUGGCAACAGAAUGCUCUAUUUCGCAGUCCAUGUUCAGUCAGCAUCAAGUUACUUUGCAUUGCAUGAAUGCCAAGACCUUACUUCAGAAUGGAAACCUUACAAAAGCCAAUCUUGUGUUAUCAGAAGCAAUGGUGCUAUUACACUAUUUAGAAAAUGUUAAUCAGAGCAUCCCAGCUCACUUGCUACAUCAUAAAGCCAUUUUACUACACUUACAGGGAGUAGCAGUAUUGCUUGGAAACAGGAAUUUGGCCAGUGAAGUUUCUGUAGAUCGUAACUGGUUUUAUAAGACUCAGAUGAACACCACAUCUUGUGGAAAUACAGAAGAAAAUCCUAUUGUUGUCGUGGAUGAUGAAGAACCUGAGCUUGAAAUGCCAAGAAAGGUUUCAAAUAGAAAAACCAGGACUUCUAAAGCUGUGGAAAAAACUUCUACUUUGGAUAAUGGGAGGAAGAAAUCUUCAAGAGCAAAGGGCAGGGGAAAGAGCAAAAAAGUAGCAGAGGAGCAUUUAGAAUGUGAGAAAUCUGAUGCAAAUGCUGAACAAAAGCCAAAGCAACAAACUAGGAAACCAUCUAAAGCUAUUUGUAGUGAUGUGGGUGAUCAUAUCCAAGGUAUAGAUCAUUGUUUCCCAACUCUCAUUCCAUAACACACCAGUAUCCUCUCUAGACAUAGGAUCUUUCAAGAUGGUCCCACCACAAUUUUGUGAAAAAUCAUACCACCUAAAAAUCUCAGCACUUAAUAGGACUAGCGCAUCUGAAUUAGACACAAAUCAGCUGCAAAUUAUUCAAGUUGUUGAUUUUGUUUUGACAUUUCUCUCUUUCCUUCCCUACCCAGUAUCUGGCAAACAGCUAGAUCAAGCCAUCCAAUACUUCAGUGAAGCAUUCAAUCUCUGUCAAGCGUGUCCUCCUCCUGCCCUGUUCUCUGACAUCUGUCAGGGAUUAGCCUUCUGCCUUGGAAGAUCAGCACCUGAACUUGCAACAUACUACUUGAACUUGUCCAUGUCUGUUACUCUCAGACAUCAAGCUGUUACCAGAACAGGAAAGAGAAUAAAGUAAGACCUUACUAUAAAUUAUUUAUUGAGCAUUAAAUGACAUUGAAAUUAAAUGGUGUAAAUUGUUUUUGUUUUAUUUGGCUGAUAUGAGUUCAACAUUGAAUUUGUUGAAUUGGUAAUUAAAAGUUACCACAUCCAAAUCAGCAAAAUGGUUAUUUUUCAAUUUUUUUCCAGAAAUUACAGCAAAUAUGUCAGAAAUGAGUGAUACUUACCAUGUUUGAAUAAGCAAGUGUGUAAAAACUUUCAUUUCAACCUGUUGUGCCCUUCAUAUCCUCACCAUGGUAUAGAUGCCAAAGAGUAGUUGUUUAGCAUAAUUUGGAACUAGGUUGUAGAACACUCACCCACACUACAAAGAGAAUGGCAAGGUUUACCAACUUUUUGUUGAUUUAAGUUGUAGUUCAACUCAAAUUUAUUGAUUAUGACCUCACUGACUAGUGUUCAGGGGUGUAUUGUGAUUGAAUCCACUGUGAUUUUGUUAUUUCAGGAGAUUAGCAAAGGAUUUUUCUCAACCUUUGCCAGUAAGUACUUGUAACUACUCUGAUGCACUUGGUAGAUUUCUAUUUGUUAUGUAUAUCCUCUCAGCUAUUAUUAAAUCUCAGUGGCCAAAAGGCACAUCAAAGUUUGUCUGUUCCUCUGGAUGGGAUGCCAAAACAGGGAACUAGAACAUGGGAUGCCAGAACAGGGAACUAGAUAAAUCUACAAAUAGAUUUCUCUUUGUUUCCUUAUUUCCUUUUUGUCUGCUAGGAGAAUGAAAGAGAUCUAGUGCAGCUUGCAGAACAUCUUUCUUCCCUAUCACUUGAUGACUCUUCAACUGAUAAUACUCACCAUAAACUGGCAGCUCUGGUAAAGACUCGAAAUAUCAUGAAGUUUUCUUUGUGUGCAAAUGAAAGAGGAAAACUAUGUCUAUUUACUCCAGAAGAAAUUUCCCUUUUGCAGAACAUGCCUAAAGGUACAUUAAAAUUAGUUUAUAAGAGAUAGAUAGCUUUCAGUUGUGUUAUGCAGUCAAACCAGCAUUAAAUAAAGUGUUUAAGAGUUCAACUUCCUCAGGACUGGCUUGUAUGACAGUAUGACUUUAAUAACAUGAAAAUAUAUUCUUCCUGUGAACUGUGAUAAUUAUUUAUAUGAGAUGAUUUGAGUUCUUUACACAAAGUUACAUCGUUAAAAACAUUUUGAUGCCAGAACACCACACUAAAACUCUAGCCAAUUCUUCUGCUUGUGUCACAUAUAUAAUUGCAUUUUUCCUGAUCUGACAUUUCUUUAACAAUUAGAACUGAACCUUAAUAUAUAAUUUUAAGCAAAUAAUGAAUUAGGUAAUAAUCCUGUAUUGUGAUAUUAGUGAGGAAGGAAAUUAAAUUAUUGUUUUCUAGAGUGGACUGUUUGCACUUUGGAAACCUUCACACAUCCAGUGAGCAAGGACAGAGAACUGCUGAUCAGCAGGAUGAGGGCUGGCUGUGAUCCUGCUGUGGUUAAGAUUAACACAACAUCUGGAGAGGAACAGAGCAAGGAUUGCAUUGUAUGUCACUUUGUUUGUAACAACUUGAUUUUAUUACAAUUACUCUGUUAGAUUCACUUAGGGAGAGUGGAGAUUCUAUCCCUAAGUUGGAAGAGGUAGUAGCUUACCAUCAGUGGUGAUUCUGUAAUAAAAGAUCUGAGUGUAAGCUUUGUCUAAGGCCACUGCAAUGAGUUAUUGGGUAAAAUACUAAUUAAACUCUUGUACCUCUUUAUGUAGAAGAUAAGUAUGAAUACGUGUAGCUUGAUUAAGCAAACUAUCUGGGAUAUCUGACAUAGCCUGAGCUUACCAGAUGAAUUCUUAUUUAACCUCUAGAAAGUCUGUAAGUAAUGAUAAUGAACAUAACCAGACUUACCAGUAUGUUCUUUUGGCAAUGCAAUUUAACUUAAUUAACAAUUGACUGAAAAUUUUUUUUUGGUAAAGGGAGAUGAAGUUGUUAUGGAUCUUUCAAAACUGUUCCAGUCUGGUGUAUUGGAGGAGUUUGCAGACAUAAUGAGUGACAGCAUCAAAAGUAUGAACAUUAACAACACAGCAGAGUGGUGGGCACUGAGGACAAGGCUUGACAGGAGAAUGAAGGUGACCAGACUUAAACUCCCACAAGUGAUGAAUGUGUAUCUUCUCCUAACAGGAUCAGUACAGUAUACAGGAAUAAGGAGAAGAGAAAAGGCAGAUUCAUCAAUAACAUAGUGUUAUCUUGAUAUAUCUCCAAAUUUGAGGGAAAAAUUUCAGAAAGAAAUGUUUAAAGCUGAAAGGGAGAUUAAGUAAAAAUCAGAUUUUUGUUACAGUGUUUAAAUUGGUAGAGUUAAAUUAUUUUGCUGGGGAUGAGCAAAGUGCCUUUCUGCUGGUUUUGAACUUGCCUUAGUCAAAGACUUUCAAGUAUUUGAUGGGCCAAAUUUGUUAAAUUUUUCUAUAAUCUAUCUCAGAGCAUUUUGACACAUUAUUUUUCUGGUCACAUGGCCUGGUAUUUCCAUGGAUAACAAAGUUGAUAGAUUGAUAUUUCCUAAUGUGGCCCAUUUUACGUCCACAUUUGAUGUUCAUAGGAGUUAUUGCCAGUACUUCAUCUUUUGAUAAUGGCUUUUCAAUUGAUUCUGGCAGCCAAAACAAAAAUAAUCACAGUGGUCAAUGAGAACUCUGCAACUGGAAUCCAAAUGAAGUUUCCAAGAGGCAAUAAGAACUUUAAGUGAAAACAUGUGGAGUGUUGGAAAUGUCAGAAGACACAGUUAAAUGACCAGGUCACAAUUUGUUUUACUUCUGCAUCCAAUUGAUGGAAAGUUUGGUUAGAGAUUUAAAGACCAAUCUCAGUAUGUAGUAAAGUAUAUCUAGAGUUAUCUAGAUUUAUUUGUGAAAAUAAAACAAGUUCCUCUGUUGUAACCUAUUACCAUAAUCAUCAGUGCAUGGAUAUCACAUAGUUAAAAAAGAAAUUUGUGAUUUUUCUGAUCAUUUCUUUAGAACCUUUUGGAGAAGAUUGAAGGUUCUUGGCUUGGGAGAUGGAGAGGAGUUCUUCUUGGUCAGCCUGUCAGUCAGGAACAUCAUGAAUCAGUAGCAUCCCUAGCUAGAGAGUUGGAAGAGAAGAUAUUAGUCAUGUGUGGAUACCGACCCGAUUAUCAUUUGCUUGAGGUAUGACAUGCAUGAAUUGAUCAGAGUUUCUUAUGUUCCAAGAAAGGCAGAUUGAAUGAUAAAUGUUUUGUCUGUUGAUCUUUGUUACUAUUUAUAAAUCAUCUUCUUAAGUGCAUGAUCUGGAAAUGAUGAUUGAAGCAGCUAGCAAAACCUUGCAUUGUAACUGAAAGGGAACCAGGGAUGGUGCAUUCGUGAGAGUACUUGCCUCCCACCACUGUGGCCACAUGUGGGUUGAGUUUGUUUUUGGUUUGUGGCUUUGCUCUAAGGGUUUUUUGUCUGGGUCAUCAGGUUUUCCUCCCUCCACAAAAACUAACAUUUCAAAUUCCAAUUUGACCUGGAACAUGUGGACAAGAAGAGCCACUUUGUGGAAUGUCCACAGUUGUAUCUAAUUAUUAUCAUUAUCAUUAUCAUUAUCAUUAUCAUUAUCAUUAUCAUUAUCAUUAUCAUUAUUGUUAUUGUUAUCAUUAUUAUUAUUAUUAUCAUUAAGUGUUCUUUGUUUGUUUCAGGUCCUCAUAGAUUCAUCAUUCUGCUUGUCAAGAAAAGAAAUUGCUGAAGCACUGAUUGAAAUUACUGGCAUGGAUGCAACCUUACCAUCCUUUGAAAAAGUAAAAACAAAACUUUUCAUGCAAGAGAAGAAUUCCUCAAUGUCAGCUUUAGCAAUGCUUGAUGUAAACCAAUUGCAAUUUGGUCUAACCUUCUUCCUAGACAUAGCAUCCCUCAGCUGUUGGGAUUGUUUUUGUUUUGAUUAUUUGGUGUGCAUUAAAAUUUCACCAUAUUAGUUUGUCGUGGUGGAUUACCUGACAGGAGAAUGUGUUUGGUCUUAGCAGCUAGAUGGUGUUGUUCCUCAGCCUUGCCCCUUAAAUUAAUCAUCUCUCAUUUCAUGAUCUCUCACAUUGUGUAUUUCAGCUACUUGAUGAAGUUGAGAACCUCACUGGCAAGCUAUUUGAAGACAGAGACAAGAAGAGCAGCAUAAACAGGUUUGGGGGAACAUCAAGAUUGAUCUUCUUUCCUACCUUCCAUUGCUUCUACUCUUGAAAAUUAUUGAUGAUGACAAAAAUUUCUUCUCAGGUCUGGUGAUCACUCUGCUGAGAACAUUGCCCGCCAUCCCGUUAUCCUCAUUCUUGGGAAAGUAAGAGCCAGCUUUUUUGGUCUGAUAUUCAUUUAGUAAUCAGCUAUAAACAUGUUCUAUAACUCUGGCUCUAAAGACCUGACGAAUGUAGAGCCAACAUGUAAGUUCUUUGUUAGUGGGUGUUGGUGGACUGUCAAAGAAUCAAAGCUCAGCCAAAUGCUGAGGUGGGGGGGGGGGGGGGUAUCUGUAAUGGACUGGCAUUACAUGAUAGGGAAGUAGUGAUACUCUUAGUUAAGAAAGUUUGAGCUCCAUAUUCAGCUGUUUGGAAAAUGAUGGUCAUACAUGGUCACAUGCAAUGUCAGUGUAAUGGGUAUUGUUUGUUCAACAUUAUUUUUGUUUAAUAAAAUUCAAGGUAUUCUGACACAAAGGUAAAUCUAUGGGCAUGCAUACACAUGCUACCAUUGUAAAAUGUAUGGUUAAAUUGUGGUAGCAAAUAUUACAUAUCAAUUCACUCAGUAUUGUUACAAGAUGGCAAUAUAUGAGCCAGAAAUGAUGAACCAGAGUCAGUUUAUGGCAAUUGUAUGAAUCAAACUGACAUCUUUUAUGAUUUAUAGGAAAUUCAGCAUCUUCCUUGGGAAAGUAUACCCAUGCUGUUUGACCAACCUGUGACUAGGGUUCCAUCUCUGCAGUAUCUUUUGUCCAAGGUACACAUUCCAUUAAACCAUUAAAAGUUUGAAAACCUGACUUGUUUCUCAAGAACUGUCCUGUUUUCUCCCAAAACCAUAUUGAUUUUUGUCUUGGCUAUGAAGUAUGUUUGAAGACAGGUCGAUGAUGCCCAUUUUGAGAUUCCAAAGAGUAACCUAACCUUUUGAGAAUUGUCUUCAAAUGUACAAAAUUUGGACUAUAGAUUCUGGGAAUUUGAUAUUGCUUGGUAACCCAGCUGCUUACAUGUGAUUCAAUAGACAUUAGCUCACUAUGGCUGCACUGAUUUUACACUCACCAGAACUGGAGGGUGAGAAAAAUGGAAAAAUAAAGACCAAUGACUAUAGUAGUAGUUUUUUUAAACACUUUACGUCAAUUGUCAUUUGUUUUGAACUGUGGGACAUCAUGUGCAGCUUGACAAUAUUGAGUUGUUUUCAAAAUGGCAACAUCUGUAUACUUUUUUCUUCUUUUUUGCACAUUUGGAGACAAAUUUCAAAAAAAUUUGCAAUACUCUUUGGAGUCUCAAAAUACAAAGUAUUAAGUUUUUCAAGAUCCUUUUCAAUGGCAGAGACAAAACUAUAUGGUCUGAUUAUUUAAACAAAGUUUAAUGGUUGUUUAACAAAACCAUCUUGUAAACAAUCCUCAAUUUAGUUGAACCUUUUUUUCUGAUCACUUUUUUUUGGGUGUCAGGAGAACCCAAAGCUAGAAGUGGAAGGACAUCUAUUUAAUUCUAUUAAUCCUCUUAAAGAGAAAGCCUGAAGCCCACUGGUUGUGUAAAACCAUGGUUUGGGUUUGACCUUAUGUAAAUAACUGGCCCUAUGGUUUCUGGAGCAAGGUUGUCCCUUAAAAUAAUGAUUUCAUAAUUUCAUUAGCAUUUUUCUUUUUCUUUUUUUUAUAGCAUACAUUUUGUUACACAUCACAAAAUGUAUGUUAUUUUGUUAUCUAUUAGCCAAGGUAAGCAAAAGGGAAAAUUGCCAGUUGAUUGAAUGGGUUGAAGCUCUCUUUAAGAUGUGGUUGCCUGUCACAACAGUUUAUGUGCCAGAUUGUUAGUUUUUUAAUACCAUGAUGUUCAGUAUCAAUAAAUAAUUUUUUUUGCAUUUUUCUUGAUAGUUAUCUUGUCAGAGACAGUUGCCAGAGAUUAAUCCUGAGAAAACAUUCUAUGCACUCAAUCCUCAGAAUAACCUGCCUAACACUCAGAAAAUGUUUCAGAAGUGGUUUGAAAGGUAUGAAACACAAGUAAACAAACCAAAAUGAAACAGAAGAAAGACCUGAUAUUGCUUUUCUUGUACAUUAAACUAGGUUAUACAAGUUGAUAGAGGUUACUCAGUAAAUAAACCCCUUCAGGCAGCAGGUAUUGUGGCUGAUGUCUGCAGUUGAAAUAUUGUGCAAAAAAUGAAAAUUUGGACUGGAAGCAAAGCUUUGAGGGCAAAUGUGAAAUGUUGAGGGCAAUCUGUCAGCAAAGGAAAUUAUCUGCGGACAUCCCAGUAAGCUAGAAGAAGGUGUAUAACCUUCCCUUUAAUUUUCAUACCACUGGAAUCUACAAAAGGAGUCCAUUUUUCUUCCAUCUGAAGUAAUUCAGAUGAAAAGGGAAACUUGUGAGCUAGCUUUUUUCUGCUGGGUUUGUUUCUUUUUUACAGAAAUAAUUGGAGGACAAAUAUUAACAUAAAGGGGUUAUUGCAUGAUAACUGUCCAAUGAUUUGCACUAUGUGACAUAGGGUAGCAUCUAAAAUAGUGUCAAAAUUAAUCAUUAAUUAUUAUCAUUAAUUAAAUACACUAAAAAUAAUUGUUGUGGUUUGCAGUGAGGAUGGAUGGCAGGGUAUCACUAGCAAUGCUCCAACACAGGAACAGUUCAGGAGUGCUUUGACUGACCAUGACCUGUUCAUGUAAGUUUCUGUAAAUGCACUAGUAAACCUCCUAUUUUAUGAGUUCCCUUUGUCAAGAACAUCAAGAUUCUGGUGGGCCUCCUCUCUCUUGUAAGCCACUUAUGCCCCCCGCCCCCUCUCUAGAACAAAAGCUACCCAAUGCUUGUUGUAUACUUACAGAGCUAUCAGUGCUGAAAUACUAAGAGUUAUGACUCAUAAAUGAUAAAGAAGCUGAAUAAAAUAGAAAAAUAUAUUUUUGGUUUCUUUUAGCAGUAUACAUACUUAAAAUUUUGGUUGGUAGUAAUGAUUUAUGUUAUGUUGACUGAACUGUGUGCAAUACUACUGGAACAAGAGAGAUGAUGGUUUUUGAAUGGCAUAGGCAUACCUUGAAAAAAAGUUAAUGUCAGAAGUCAGAUCUAUGACCCUUUGUAUAUGUUGUGGUUCAAUUUUAUCCUUGGUUCAAAUUUUAUUUUCCUUUGAUUCAAACUCAUUAUCGUACAUUACAAUACCCAAAAACAAAAGAAAAUAAAAUUUGAACCAAGGAUAAAAUUGAAGCACAACUUGCAUCCAAGAUAUGGUAGGGUCACAAUAGCUAAGAUGCCAAGCUAGGCCCAAAAUACAAACAUGGAUGUGAUAAACAUUUUCAGAUUAGGUAUCUACAGUACAAAGUUUUAUUGUUUCUGUUGCUUUAAUUGUCACAUCAAUAUUGUUUCUAGAUAUUUUGGUCAUGGCACUGGGCGUGAAUUUCUCCAGGGUGAUGACAUUCAGAGGUUGGAUUGUCGAGCGGUCACUCUGCUUAUGGGUUGCAGCUCUGGAAAAUUACAGGUUAGUAUAUUCCAGACUGUGGAGGAAAAUAUUUCCAUAUAAUUGGUGCAGACAAACCAAGAAAGGCAAAGGAAGUGUUCAAUUGUUUGGUUCUUUUGUGAAGUAUGCAUGUUGAGACUGGGGCAUAUUAGUAACUGAAUUGUUUUAAAUUCUCAAGGUUGGUGGUGAGUGUGAGCCAAGAGGGAUGGCAUUAAACUAUCUUCUUGCAGGCUGGUAUGUUUUUGAUGUUCCUUUGUUUCAUUAGUUUGCCUUAAAAAGUCUUUAUGGCUGUGCUCUAUCAGUGUUUUCAAUAACUUGCUCACUAAGCAGCUGGUGAUAUUGUAUUAGGCAGCUGUACUCUGAGAUGGAGCCAUAAAGCAAAAUCCAAAUACAGGAGCCUAUUUUUAACUCCCAUGAGUGACCAAUACAAUACAGGCAAUACAAUAUCAGACAGACAAGUGAUGAGAAUAAAGAAAAAUAUAAUUAGGGGAUUACUAGUUGACUCAAGACCAAAUUCUUCAAACUAAUAUCACAAAAACUAUAUGAAAGACAGUAAGGAGAAUUACUAAUAAGAUCUUGGGAGUUAAAGGGUUUACAGAUGGCAGUAAGAGGUCCUAUAGGCAGUGGUAGACUGCUGUUAUCAAAUGUUAUAAUUUUUGUCAAUAAUAUUUAUAAUAUAUUCACUUUCAGCCCAGCCAUUGUUGCUAACCUGUGGGAUGUUACUGACAAAGACAUUGAUCGCUUCAGUGAAUUGCUGCUGAAACAGUGGCUUCAAUCAGGGUUGUGUUUGUCAUUACCACAAGUACUAAGCCAGUCACGACAAGCUUGUAAACUGAAAUAUCUGAUAGGAGCAUCUCCUGUACUUUAUGGCCUUCCAGCUUACACCAAAGAACAAAAUGAUUAACUAAGAUUAACAUAGAUUAGUUUUAGAGAGGAACAGCAAAGUAUUUGCCAUACUAGCAAAGUGUUGAACAAACAGUAGUGCAUACAAGGCAGUUAUUAAUUACAUUUAAUCAAUUCACUAAUGUAUCAUCAAUUGGAAACAGUUCAAGAAAAAUGUCAUCUGUAUUGUUUUUCAUUAGCUUAAAGUUUAGCUUGCAUAUUAAGGGUAUUUCUCUGAUAUCUAUAUCAAUUGUGAAAACAUAGAAAAACAUUAUUGACUGAAUUGAUGUUCCUUGUUUCCAAGCAGAUACUUGGUGAUUUUAGUAUUAAAUAUUUUUUUAAUUCUUGUGCUCAAAUGGUGAUGAUGAUGUUGCCUCAAUAAAGUGUAAUUAUUCGUGGAAAUAUAUAUUUCUAGGUUUCCUCUCAAUUAAGCAAUUUUCAUUUGUCCAAGUUAAUUAAAAAGGAACCCUGUUAUACUAAAUUUUAAAGAUUCAAAAUGAUAGUUUAUUCCUUGGAAACGUAAAAUUCAUAACUGAAUGUCAGCCAUGAUUUCAAGAUAUAUCUUCAUUUGUUUAGUAACUUUGCAAAUCGGGAAAAGUGCAUUUUUGCUGAUCGUUGAAGGGUUUGUUAUGGUGAAAGAGAACUGGUUUUCACGCAAACUUCAUGAAAACAAAUCAAACUCAGAGGAAGCCUUUUGUUAACUUUUUAAACUCUGAGAGUGAUCAGCAUCUAGUUUCUCCUUACCAUUAUAAUGCUGAAUCUCUUAUUAAGCUCAUGAGCACAAAGGAAAUGGUCUCCAAUCUAAGAAGCUUUCAUUGUUAAACAAAGGAAAUGUAAAGAGAGGGAAUAUGGAUACUUUAGUUAGGUUGAUGCUAUUGAAUUACAAACUCUUCUUUUGACUGUCUUUUGUCCUGUUUUCUCCAAAAUGGGUAUGAACACAUUUCUAUGUAAGUAAGGAGUGAAAUGAAGUGCUCAACAACUGUAUUUUUUAA